CCUGCGGAUAGAUCAUCCGACGCCGAUGGUAAAGGAUCCUUUGAGUUUUCUUUCACUUCGCUGGGUCCGGUCCUGAGUGGAGAAGGAUGCAAGCACCGUUGACAGCUCAAAGGUGUUGGUUCUAAUCGAUGCCGGUCUUGGUACACAUGUGUGCUAUAGGUGGACAACAUGGACAAUGAUGAAACUCUCUGUCCCCGAAAGGCAACAUAUAUAAUGGUCUACGAUGGAUGCUACUUACGGACACACGCGCCUCUCCUGGGAGGGUAUAAAGUUCCCAGUCGAAAACAUGUACUUCACAGAGGUUGCCGGUGCACGUAAUCCCUCGACAAUCGUCCAAGAUGUUGUCUCUGCUGCUGUUCUCACUCCCGGCGCUCGCCUGGUCUGACCCAACCAAUCCCUUUGGGCUUGGUCCGCUGGGAUACGUGACCAAUGCCUCUCUCGGCCCGCAGCUUGAACUCUGGCACGAGUUUUACGGACAGUGGCCGACAGGCGUGGCUGUUUCGGCCUCUGGCAGGCUUUUCGCAAACUUUCCAGUACAGAAUGUUAUUAACUUUACGGUGGGCGAACUCAACACUCCCACGACCGAAGUUCCCUUCCCAAGCUUGGAGAUGAACACUCCGGAUUCACUCUUCAACUCCACAAACCCUCUCUUCGGUUCUGGGUAUACGGAGAAGCUCAUCUCUGUUCAAUCUGUUGUCAUCGAUCCUAAGGAUCGUCUUUGGAUCCUCGACACCGGACGCCCGUCGGUCAACGGCGUAUCCCUGCUCGCCUCUGAGGGUGGACCAAAGCUGAUCGGCGUGGAUCUUACAACAAAUCAAACUUUCCAGACGAUCACUUUCCCUACAUGGGUCGCCUAUCCCGACACGUACUUGAAUGACGUGCGGUUUGAUUUGCGCCCCAGCAUUACCCCGUCUGGCCAAGGUGUCGCCUACAUUGCUGAUUCCUCUGACGAAGGACGUAAUGGAGUGAUUGUCGUCGACCUAGGUACAGGCACCUCUUGGCGACACCUCGACCGUGCCGCUUCCGUAACUGCCGACCCUGGCUUUCUCAGUGGGUACGACGGUGUGCCCUUCACCCCGAUCCAUCCUCCGACCGUCCCAUUCUAUCCUGGCACAACUUUGCAUUUCACCACCGGCGUGGAUGGGAUCGCUCUGAGCGCCGACGGGGAAUGGUUUUACUUCUCUCCCCUUGCCUCUCGGAGGUUCUACCGCAUUGCCACGGAACUUCUGAGGGUACAACCAGGUCCUCUUAAUCCGACGGCUCAAGACGCUGCGGUAGCUGGGGUACAGUAUCUCGGGCAGCACGCGAGCCACGCAGACGGAAUGGAGACCAGUAAUGAUGGGACGAUUUAUAUGGGCGCGCCAGAACACGAUUCCGUCUUUGCUUACUAUCCGAGUCAAGGACGGUGGGAGCCGUUCGUGCACGAUCCCAAGAUUCAAUGGCCCGAUUCACUCAGUGUUGGUGUUGAUGGGUAUCUGUACUUCACUGUGAACCAAUACACACGCCAACCGGGGAUCAACAACGGCACGGACUCGCGCAUUAAGCCGUAUGGUGUGUUCCGCGCGCAGCUUCCUAACGCAGCAGCCAAGGUGACGGAACUGCGGUAG